GGGGGAAGCAAAUGGCAUGCAUGGAGAUCAUCACAAAAGUACUUAUAGCAUGUUAAGACGAGGAAAGAUCCAAAGGAGGCAACCAGAUCAUCACAAAGCCACCCACCUGUGGCCGUUCCAAACUCAAAGAAAGUAGCAAUGAAGCGUCUCACCGCGAUGGUGCGACUGGCACUGUUUGUGGCCUUAGCAUGUUUGUCCUUUACAUUGCAGGGAUGUGAAGAGAGCUUAUUGGAUAUGCCAAAGGUUGAUGACUUUGCAAUCUCUUUACCUCAGAAGUGGUUCAGCCCCCAUAAGCUUCCUUACUGGCGCCAAGAACCUGACUAUUGGGUGCAAAAUUCCUACAAGGAUCAAACCUCCAAAGAACGCUUCAAUUCCUGCACCGAUUCAUCCUUGAAGAUUGCCGACGUAUGCAGUGGCAAGGGCUCUUGUGUGCCUUUUGGUGACAGUGGCAUCUCUUUCUGUCAAUGUCAUCCUGGAUAUGGAGGAGCUGAAUGCCAGUCUAAGCGGUUGAGUCAACUCACCGCAUGGCUGCUUUGCAUCUUUCUUGGCCCCUUUGGUGCUGACCAGUAUUACUUGGGAUGGUAUCUGGAGAUGAUCGUGACUCAGAUCUUCUCUGUCUUGGGUGUCAUUUUGCUGGUAGCCAUUCCAAAUUCAAAGCUUCCAGGUUUGGUGGUCUUGCUGGGCCCAUGGAUUCGACAUGUGGUCAUCAUUGGCUCGGCGCCCGCGCAGGCGACAACGGAUCGCACCUCGGCGGACCUGCCGCGCUGUGCCUUUGUGUCGUUUUCGAUCCUGUGGAUGGCCUUCAUUGCUUUGGGCAUUUGCAUGCAGGACCUCAAGUACCGGACACAGGUGAAGCGCAUCAACCAGGAGCAAGUGCGCAACUACAGUGCUGCCAAGAUCAUUGCCUGAGAGUCCCAAACCUUUGCACUCCAAAGCACAAGAAUCAAGCAGUGC